AUGUGUGCAUGUGUGUCUUCACACUUUCAGUGCGCACUGUACAUCCCCCACCUGCGUUGCAUCCGACCCUUUCAUCUUCUUGAUGUUGUUCACGAUACAUUUCCGAUCGUCAGCAGCCUUUGUUCAUGCCUUGAGCGAUGCUGGAGCGCAACCCCCGGUGCGAAGAAGCUGGGGCGUACUUUGAAGACUGCAGUCUGCAAAGUCGCUUUUGAGAGAAAAAAAAAGAAAAAAGAAAAAGAAAGAAAGAAAAAAACGCUCCACAUGACCUGA